CCGCCCUUCGGCCCCGCGCGCCCUUCGGCCCCGGCGGCCCCGGAGGAAACGAGAGGGCGAGCGAGCGCGGCGCUCCCGGGCCGGCUCGGCCCCGUCCGCUCACCAUCGCCGGCCCUCCGCCGCCUUCCUCCGCUUCCACCUCCUCUCCCCCCCCCCCCCCCAAGUUGAGGCCCCCUCCGGGGGGGGGAGGCCCGGGACCCGGAGCGAAUUUCUCUAACUCUCUCCACCUUUCCCCCACCCGGCCCGAGUGUGAGGAGAAGGGCCCGGCCCGGCCCGCGUCGUGUGUGAGGAGGAACCGGGCCGGCCCACGGGCCGUCUGGGGCCUGGUCCGGGCCGCCGGGCGUGUGAAGACAGGGGCCCGGUGCGGGCCGCCCGAGGGCGAGCGGAGCGGAGGGGAGGGGCCUGGUCCGGCCCGGCCGGUGCGUGAGGACUGGGGCCCCGGCCCGGCGCCGCCGUCGCCGCGAUGGCCCAGCAGCAGAUGACCAGUUCGCAGAAGGCCCUGAUGCUCGAGCUGAAAUCCCUUCAGGAGGAGCCGGUGGAGGGCUUCCGGAUCACCCUGGUGGAUGAAUCCGACCUCUACAACUGGGAGGUUGCCAUCUUCGGACCCCCUAACACCCUCUACGAAGGCGGCUACUUCAAGGCGCAUAUUAAAUUUCCUAUUGACUACCCAUAUUCACCACCUACCUUCAGAUUCUUGACCAAAAUGUGGCACCCCAACAUUUAUGAGAAUGGAGAUGUAUGCAUUUCAAUUCUUCAUCCACCUGUAGAUGACCCACAGAGUGGAGAACUGCCCUCUGAAAGGUGGAAUCCUACUCAAAAUGUCAGGACUAUCCUGUUAAGUGUAAUCUCAUUGCUUAAUGAGCCCAACACCUUCUCCCCAGCCAAUGUGGAUGCCUCGGUUAUGUUCAGGAAAUGGAGGGACAGUAAAGGAAAAGACAAAGAAUAUGCUGAAAUCAUUAGGAAACAGGUGUCAGCCACUAAAGCCGAAGCAGAAAAGGAUGGAGUGAAGGUCCCCACGACCCUGGCGGAAUACUGCAUCAAAACUAAAGUGCCUUCCAAUGACAACAGCUCAGAUUUGCUUUAUGACGACUUGUACGACGACGACAUUGAUGAUGAAGAUGAGGAGGAGGAAGAUGCCGACUGUUACGACGAUGAUGAUUCUGGGAAUGAGGAGUCGUGACGUGCUCCUUCGAGGCCCCUGUACUGCCCUGCCAUCUCAGGCCAAAGGGAGGGGAGCAAGUGGGGACCUAGCAGUGGCCCCUCGGCAAAAACCUAUCAUGGGGGUGGGGAAAACAAACACGGCUCCUGGUGACUCCCCUUAUGGAUCUCAGUUUGCUCCUUUUUAUGGACCUCUUAAUGGAGAGAAAUUAAUCCUCCACAGAAUGUCUGAAUUCUUGCAUUCUUUACCCUUCCAUCACUGUAUUGAUUCUUUUUUUUUUUUUUUCUUUAAACUCAAACUCCCACCUCACUUCGUCUCUGCAAAGUGUUCACAGCAAAACACGUUUGGUCUGUUUUUAGAUUCUUGAAGAAUUAAAUAGUCUUUCAUCAAGACGUUUAAUGUGUUUAAAGCUGGGAGCCCAUCGGGAGUUCACAAGUGCUGCAUAUGCUGGGUAGCAAAAGAAAAAACCGUAAAAGCCCCACAAAACAAACUUUUUCUUAACAAAGCAAAUUUGCCAAGUUUUAGCUGCUCAUUUACCUUAGUGUGUGUGCAUUCGUUCAGCCCCGUGGUGGUGAAUUUUCUUUCCCUUCUUAAGGCUGGGGUACAGCAGGCGUCAGGGACUUUGUUCUGAACCUGUUGAAAUGUGUUCCUAAGGGCACAGGGCCCUUCAGCCUAACACAGAGGCCUCAGUUACUCUGAGAGAUCAGAUUUUGUUUUUCGAAAUCGAUUGGGAUCUAAAGCCUGAAAUAAAUAUUCAUACUUUACAUAGAA